ACCAACAACCAAUCCACCGACCGAAUCACCGAUCGAAGGAUCGACCGGACCGAUCAUCACCGUGACCGUCACCGUCACCGUCGUAACACCGUUCUCGUUCUCGUUCUCGGUCCCUCCGAUCCGAUCAUCUUUCUCUUUCAUCUCUUCUCAUCUUCAUCGAUCAUCGUUUCGUUUCAUCUUUCAUCAUCAGUCAUCUUGUCUUCAAACUAGGCUGCUAAGAAGGAGCGAAGGAGGUUAAAUUAAAAUGGCUGAUCCUAAGUAUGCUAACCUUGUCGGCAUUGCCUACGAUCAGCCUGAUCUCUAUGAAACAAAGGACUUGCCUGAAGCAGAUCAGAAUGCAGAAAUAUUUGAGGAGGAAUCUGACAGCAUAGAACGCCUGCACAUUAGUGCAACUAAUGCAUUAUCCAAGUUUAAAGGAAAACGUUUAGAUGCAAGCCGAGUUGACUUUUCUGAUAGGCUAGGAAAACAGUCUCGCACGGGAUAUGAUGCAAGAUACGGAGAUUGGGAACUAGCUGGUGAUGGAGAAAAAGAGACCCCAAUUCAAAAAUAUCAACGACUUCAGUGUGAAGUAAAAGAACUGUUGGAUGAAGUAGCCAAUUUGAAGGAGACAGCCAAGGAUGAAACCAACAAGCAGUCAUGUAUUGUGGUAGGUAGACAUGCACAAGAUCUGGUACAACAACUGACAGAGAUGAGGCUAGAGGAACAGCUGGGAGUUGAACUGGUGGCUAGUCUGUCUGAUCCUCAAGGAGCUCAAAUCAAAAAGUUGCUGUCUCAGUUGGAGCAGUUCCAGGCCAAGCGUGGUGGGGGGGACCACAGUAAGGGGGAGGGGGUGGGGUCAGAGGUCAAGUUCCAGAUGAUGCUGCGACCUGGCCAUGCACAAUUGGCGCAGACAGCUCGGCUAGCAGACCUAGAGCAACGUCUGGCCAGGGUGGAGCAGGCUGUGGGGAACACACCUGCCAAGCUGUCUAGGUUGGGAUUGGGAGAGGGUAGUUUGAUGACCACAACGCAGCAAUUGGCUGGUAGAGCUGCGUUGUUGGAUGCUGCGGCCUUGGAUGCUGCAGAGACUCGACUGUCCAGCUUGUUGACCAAACUGGACCAAGUAGCAGAGAAAACUGCAGCAAUCACCGGCUCAUCUGACCCCGAUAGAGAUAAGAAGAUCAACGAGCUUUACGAACUAGCUAAGAAGGCAGAGUAUCUGUCUCUAACUCUUCCUCAGACCUUGGACAGGUUAAUAGCUCUACAGAAUCUUCAUCAACAAGGAGGAGAGUUUGCUAAGUCACUAAGUGAGAUGGAAUCUGUCCAAGUCCAGUUAGCAGCCAAAAUGAGGGCUAAUUCAGAACUGCUGGGGAGUGUGGAGGAAGGACUCAAGACCAACUUUACAACCAUCAAGACCGACUUGGAAAGCUUAGAUUCGAGGAUUAAAGGGCUCUCCAGCAAGAAAUAACAUUUACCUUCAGUGAACGCAUCGAGCAUGCCCGAGCAUCUAGCAUUGUUACUGUGAUGUUUAUUUUGUAAUUUGAAAGUUUAUUUAUGAUCUGUUGCUUUUGUAUUGUAAAAGUGCUUUGUCACCAUGUUUUUUUUUUGUAAAUUUUUUAGAUAUAUAUUACAACUUUGAACAAAAUCUUUUCCCACAAAAUUUGAAAUGUUUACCUAUCUUUGUAUGAAAGUUUUUUUAAAAACUUUUAUACUUGAAGUACUGUAUUAUUGAGUACGGUAGUUAGUUGAAGAAGUUUGUAUGUAUUGAUAUUUGAAGUAUUUAUUUUGAAAAAAGUGGAGCCAAAGCCGAAUUUGUUUUUGUGUGUUAUAAGAGUUGUUGUAUUUUUUAACCCUCCGAGUGUUAAGCGUGCAAAAGCGACGCACAACACACCCGCUGUGGUAGGCUCUGGGACUGACUGAAUCAGAUUGAACUGGAUCGAGAUUGGUAUUGUUGUUUUCGGCAGAUUCUAAGCCUUCUCCUGAUGUCUGUUUCUAGGCGCUUUUCAUUUUAGUUCCGAUCAUAUUGUAGCAGACAGAUGACGUGCGUAUUUGUAAACAACUUGGUUGACAUCACAUCGGAGACUGAUGUGUUUUAUUACGUUUAUCAUUGUUUUAGUGUUAAAAAUAAAAAGUGGUGAUAUACGUGGUGCAUUAUAAGAAGAUUUAAGUGAUUUUGAAUGGCUUGUUGAUGAUCCUGAAGAAGUAGGUAGUGAUAUUGAUGUAAAUUAUCCGUCAGAUUCCUAGCUAUGCAUUCUUAGCUAACGCUAAAUGUACAAAAUCAGUUUUUCACCCAUAACUUAUUUAUUUGCAAAUUUACUUCCUUAUAUUAUAUUUUUGGAAUCCUCAUAAAAUUUAGAACAAAGUGGCUAUUUAAAAAUAUUUGUAGACCUAAAAUUAUAAAAGUUUAUUGAGCGCAAACAUAAAUUUUUUCAUUUAUUUUAUAAUUUUUGAUUAAUGUUAACCCGACAAAAAUUGUUGACAAUUUAUUUUGUAAUGUUUUAUAUAUUACAUUGAAGCCCAUAAUUUUCCAAACAAAAUGAUAUAUAAAACCUAAUACUUUAGAGUGUUUUUAAGUUUCUAAGAUACAUUUGAAUAAAACCCUGCGGUUGCGCAAUAAAUAGGCCAACAUUAAUACUAUUACUAUGGACACUUGGAGGGUUAAAGAAGCAGAAGGAAGACAAAAAUAACAAAUUUAUGAAUGAAAUA